AUGGCCUCCAGUAGGACUAUUCUCAGGAUGACUGUCCAGGAUUUUGAAGAAAUUCGAAAAGAUUUCGUGCAUAAAUAUAUUAUGUGGAUUCAAGAUGAACCGUCUUUAACACCCGAGCAGAUGGCAGAAGUUUUGGAGUACAUGGCCGAUGACUUUCUGCACUUUCGACUGCUGGUAACUAGCGAGACCAGCCUCUGCUUCCCAAAGAAGUGCCAUGCCAUCCGAGGCAUCAUUCUUGAGCUGUGCCAGGAGCUCCAGGUACAUCGCAGAGUCACCAUAGCGAUCAGGCAUAUUAUGAUCAUCCUCAAGAGAGCUAUCGGAUCUCUCUCGCUUAAUGGGUAUAGUUUGAAGGACAGAUAUGCCAUGGAUAUGGCUAGAGAGUCGGCAGAGGCUGGUCCCGCAUGGGAGCUCCAUGGCCUGCCUAGAACAAAAAGUACCGACGAAUUGCAGGUUCGUCUUUGGACAAUUUCUCUCAACCUCGGAGUUGCCCUUUCGAACUGCGGGUGUCUCCAGUGCCUGAUUGUGUACCCCGAUCCAGAGCUGUAUUUUUUAACACCUGCAUGGCGGCGGGUAGAAGCAGGCAGUGGAUAG